CUGAUCGAAACCUAUAUAAACUGUUAGACUAACGCGCAAAUAUUGUAAAAUAGUCACAGAUAUUUAUCUGUACAAAAUGUACAGGAAUCAUCACAGGAAUACAAAAAUGAUCGAUAAUUAAUAAAAAGCGAUAUUUCAUGAUUCUACAAUUUCACGUUCUUUUAAUUUUAUUAUUUUUUCCAGCUAAAGAAUGUAUUAUGCCAGAAGCAAGUCAAGAAGGAUUAUUACAUUCUUUUAAAAGUUAUUCAGAUAUAGUUAUGUUUCAUUACACAGUUCCAAAAGAAGUACUCAGAGCUACUUGGCAAUUUGCAGCAUUUAUGGAUGGCCAAGAAUGCUUAGAAAGAAAUGUACAUAUAUAUUUACAAUGGGGUAGUUACCCUGUGAUAUUUAUAAAUAAUGAUACAUUUCCUAGUAAUAUGUAUCCUAAGCGUAAUCAUACUAUCAUAGUUUCUACAAUUACAACAUUUGAACCAAAAACAACUGCAAUUGUUCCAGUUUAUGGACCAGAAGCUGGUGAUUGGUUUGUAGGAGCAUAUUUAUCUCAUUGGGAUGAAAAAGUUCAGCAGCAGGGACUUGGUCAUAAAUGUCAUUAUAGUAUAGGUUCGGUAGCUAUAUGGACACAAAUUAAUAGUAUUGAAAAUAUUCCUAUUGGUUAUCAACAAACUUUAAGAACAAAAGAAACUACUUCUUACUACAAGAUAUAUAUCCCAUCAGGAACUUGGAAUUUUCGCUUAGACAUUUGGGGUUGUAAUUUUACUGUGCUUAAAUUUCAUAAUAUACAUGAACCUUGUAUAAAAAAUAUGGUUCUACAAGGACGUUCUUUGCCUGUUUUUAAUCAUUCUCAACCAAUUAAAAAUAGAAAUUUAACUAUGUUAGAUUCAUAUACUUUUAUAGAAUCCUCUCCUUAUGAAGAUAGUUAUUAUUAUUUGAUGAUUGUUUCAGAUAGCAUUAUUGAAGUAAAUGUCAAAGUAGUUACUUUUGAAUGUCCAAUCAGAAUAACAGAAAAAUCUUUUAUAAAACAAUAUUUAGAUGCACCUUCAUUUUCUAAAGCAUUAGCUCAAUUGCAUAUGAAAGAUUUAACAAAUCAUUUACAUUAUAAUGAAAAUAAAAAUAAUGAAUCAUUUUAUAAUGGAAAUAAUUUCAAAAAUCAAUUUCAUGUAUUAGAUGAAAAUUUUGAUGAUUCAUGUGUUCCAAGAUAUCAACUUGUUAGAAUUAAACAUUCACAAACAUUUUCAGGAGUCUAUCUAUUACAGGGUAGAGAAUGGUUAACUUCAUGGGUGAUGUUAACUGAUAUACAUCCAGUAAUUACACAAUUUAAUAUUUUACCAUUAAUUGAUAUUGGUGGUACACUUGAUAUAAGUGCUCAUUUAGAAAUGGAUAAAAUAAUAACAAAGCAGUUAGUAAAAGUCAUACUUUGUAUUCGGCGUGGACGAAUUCCAAAUAGAAUUAAGAAUAAUAUUAUAUGUGAGAAUUCAAGAAUGUCAAUGAUUUUAUCUUCGUUUGAUAAACAUGAUGGAAGUUUAUUGAUUCCAUAUCCACAACCAGAUACUUGGUAUGUUACUUUAGAUGCAACAUGUUAUUUUAAUGGAAGACCAGUGAAUUGUGAAAUGGAAGAGAUUUUAGUAUCAUUAGAUAUAAGGACUAGACAAUGUGUAUUUCCUGGAAAUUAUCCAUGUGGUCACCAUGGAACUUGUCAAGAAAUUCAUCGUGAUAUUCUUUUUUAUACAACGUGUAAAUGCUUUGAAGGAUAUAAAGGAUGGGGUUGCACUGAUGCUACUAGUGCUAAUUCUGAAUUUUCUCUUCUCAUAACAACAUUGAUGCUUACUUUAAGUAAUGGUUUUUUUAUACCUGCUAUAUAUUUAGCUGUUAAACGUGGAUUGUAUACCGAAGGAUUAGUAUAUUUAGCAACUAUGCUUUUUUCUUCUAUGUAUCAUGCUUGUGAUCAACAUGUUAUGACUUAUUGCAUUGCAAAGUAUGAAGUUUUACAAUAUAGUGAUUUUUUUUCAAGUAUAUUAGCAUUUUGGGUAACACUUAUUGCAAUGGCUGAAUUACCAAUUCAUUUUGUAUCUGUAUGUCAUAUGUUUGGAGUUUUCAUUAUAGCUUUUGGCGUUCAAUCUAAUAAAACAAGUCUUAUUAGUAUAUUAAUACCUUUAGGAAUGGCUAUUAUGAUUCCAAUGGGGACAUAUGUUUAUCGAUGUUUUCAUUUUAAAAAAUGGAAAAAACCUAUUAACACUUCAAAAUUAUUAGCUGGUUUAAUACUUGCAAUUAUAGGUUUACUGCUCUUUUCUUUAGUUGAAACAGAAUCAAAUUAUCAGUAUGUCCAUAGUGCAUGGCAUGUAAUAAUAGCUAUCUCAUUGAUAUUUCUUUUACCUCCAUCGCGAUUAGAACAAAUUGGUUCUUCGGAUACCAGCUAUGAUAGUGAAUUACUUGAUUACAAAGAUCCAUCAAGUAGUCCAAUUUUUACAAUAACAAAUGGUCAAGAACAUUUAGUAAUUGCAUCAAAUUGAAAAUUAUAACAAGAAUUAGUAAAACAAAUAAACCAAAUAUUACUAUUUAA